UAAAGUAGUUGGGAAAUGUGAGCCCGCCCCCUUUCAGGAGUAAAACCGAUUAUUUCUCCUCGCGCUAAGAGAGGGCGAGUGAGAGACUCGACCGGGAUUGUGGGAGCGAUCAGAAACAGCCCUCACAACAUCAUCAGCUACAGACGUCCACGGCUUUAACCGUCCCAUUCCCUUCGCCGACACAUCACUGGAGACCAAGCAACCAUCCUCACUGUCCUCAAACACACUUUCAGACGAGAGACCGACUUGUUUUUUUGUUGUUGUCAUUUUAGACACACAUAGGCGACUUUUCGGCACGGUUCUUUUUCAUGUUGCGUUCCUGCCUGUGCUGGAUUUAAGUGCGUCUUUGCGAAGUCCAUCCCUGGCACGCAACGGCUUCCUCUACGCUGUCAUUCGGCCGGACGACACAGCCGGAGACUGCCUGUGGUAUCUCACACUUACCGGACAGAUUUCAUGCAUAAUAAAGUACGGAUGCUGGAAUCUUUGAAUUGAUCGGAGCAAGUAAAGAAGAAGAAGGAGCAGUUUGAGGAAAGGCAGAAGAAGAGCAAGGAGAGAAAGCGCAACGUUCUUUAGGGAGAGGAGAGAAGAAAAGGACGGGACGAUGGGGAGGAAAAAGAUUCAGAUCACGCGGAUUAUGGAUGAACGCAACAGACAGGUGACAUUUACGAAGAGGAAGUUUGGCCUGAUGAAGAAGGCGUAUGAGCUGAGCGUGCUGUGUGACUGUGAGAUCGCCCUCAUCAUCUUCAACAGCACCAACAAGCUGUUCCAGUAUGCCAGCACCGACAUGGACAAGGUGUUGCUCAAGUACACGGAGUACAACGAGCCCCACGAGAGCAGGACCAACUCUGAUAUCGUGGAGACGUUGAGAAAGAAGGGUCUAAACGGCUGUGACAGCCCCGACCCCGACGCAGACGACUCGGUCGGCCACAGCCCCGAGUCUGAGGACAAGUACAGGAAAAUAAAUGAGGACAUUGAUCUGAUGAUCAGCAGACAGAGACUGUGUGCAUUAAGCAAGAAGGAGAACAAAGGUGGCGAGAGCCCGGAGCUCGAGUCUGCUCUCACCCUCACCCCGCGCACUGAGGAGAAAUACAAACAGAUAAACGAGGAGUUUGAUCAUAUGAUCAAAACUCAUAAGAUACCUCAGGGCGUGGCCCCCUCCAACUACGAGAUGCCGGUGUCCAUCCCCGUUAGCAACCAGAACAGUCUCAUCUACAGCCACCCAGGAGGUUCCCUAGGCAACCACAACCUGUUGCCCCUGGCACACCACAUGCAGAGGAACAGCAUGUCCCCCGGUGUCACACACAGACCUGCCAGUGCAGGUGGCCUCAUGGGUGCUGACCUCACCACUGGUGCGGUUAGCAGUGCUGGCAACGGCUACGGGAACCACCACCGUAACUCGCCCGGUCUGCUGGCCUCUCCGGGUAGCAUGAACAAGAGCAUGCAGGCCAAGUCUCCCCCACCCAUGAACCUGGGCAUGAACAACCGCAAGCCGGACCUGCGCGUGCUCAUCCCCCCUGGAGCCAAGAACAACAUGCCCUCCAUGAACCAGAGAAUAAACAACUCCCAGUCAGCACAGUCAUUGGCCACCCCUGUGGUUUCAGUAGCAACGCCCACCCUACCAGGACAAGGCAUGGGCGGUUACCCAUCAGCCAUCUCCACUUCAUACGGUACUGAAUACUCGCUGAGCAGUGCAGACCUAUCCUCCUUGUCCGGCUUUAACAGUGGUAGCUCCCUCCACCUGGGCUCCAUGAGCGGUUGGCAACAACAACACCUCCAGAACAUGCAGCAUUCGGCCCUCAGUCAGCUAGGAAAUUGCAAUAGCAAUCACUUAUGUCAGAGUUCAAAUCUCUCCCUGCCUUCUGCUCAAAGCCUGCACAUCAAGUCCGAACCUGUUUCUCCUCCUAGAGAUCGCACCAGUAGCACACCGUUGUGCUACGGCAUCCAUCAGCAACAUAACCCGUCGUCCCGCCAGGACUCGGGCCACUCCCCUGUCGACAGCCUGAGCAGCUGCAGCAGCUCCCAUGAGGGCAGCGACCGGGACGAGCACAGGAACGAGUUCCACUCUCCACUGGGACUGUCUCGGCCCGCCAUGGACGAGCGCGAGAGUCCCUCGGUCAAACGCGUGCGCCUGUCUGAAGGGUGGGCCACAUGAUAGCCCAGCGUUGGCCGUUGCCCAAGCCCUGCGACGUAAUGAUGCCUCGACACCAUCGCCCUCUAUAUCAACACGCGACACGUCACUCACCCCCAGACCCCGUGCUCUCUCUCUCUUUUUCUCUCUCUUUCUGUUUCAUUGGAGGAAGGGGGGCACGCUUUUCUAAAUUUAACUGUAAUGUUUUCUUUUUUUCUUUUUGCGGAGUAUGUGUGCUAUACAUAUUGAAGUUCUAUAAAGCAGUGGGGAUGGGCCUGGUGAUCCAAGAUACAAAAAAAUGGGUGUUGGUUGGGGUUAGGGAUAGUUUUGGUGGGGAGCUAUGCAUUAUUUGUGCCGUGUGGAAAAAAAUGAUGCAUAGAUAUUUACACGUGUGUGUAUGUGUAAAUAUAUGCAUAUCGACAAAUAAACAACAAAAAAGUCAGGUACUCUGUUUUGUAAAAGUACUUACAACUUGCCUCAAUGAUAAUCAGUGACUGGAGGAAAAUUGAGAGCAUAUGUUGCUGAGCGAACAGCCUAGCACUUGAGUUGGUCAACCAAUACAUGUGUACAGAGUCAAUUUCAUUGCUAACUUUCUCCGUAGUUCUCCCUUGCAAAAUGUAUGUUACGAUAGAUGAUGUCAUGUUGCAGGUUCAACGUAUUUAUGUAAAUAGAGGGGGCAGGGGCAAAGGGGAGGGGUCAAACGUGGCUAUACAUUACAGAUUAUUCAUAUACAAAAUGAAAGCUAAUAUGCAACAUUUGAAGGAUUGUACAGGUAUACCCCACAGGCCCAUUGGUAGAUGUGAGGAACCAAGAUGAGAGAACCCAUGCUAAACAUAAAGCUCCUCAUCAAACAUGGAGCACAUUGAUAGGACCAUCCUUUUACCCAAGAGCCAUGUUAGUUGAAUCAAGAAACCCUGGGUCUUGUAUGAAAUAUUCAGUAAAAAAAAAAAACUGUUGUACGAUAGACUUGCUUAUAUUUUCAUAUGAAAGGUAUACAAUGCAAAGCAAUUUUGUGGCUUUUUGUAGUUUCUAUAAGCCAGAAUGUGUUUUUUGAUAGCUUUGCUAAUAUAAGAUGGAUAGUCCGAUGAGAAAUUAAAAAACCCUAAGCCAUGAAAACAGACUGAGAACCCAUUGCUUAGCUGAACUGUUUUCUCUUUCUAGAGGUUUCGUUUUUAAACGUGUUUCUAAUUAUAUAUAAUAAUGAUAAUAUUAAGAAUCUUUAAAAAAAAAAAAUCUGUGAAUUAACAUGCUUGUGUAUAGCUUUCUAAUAUAUAAAUAUAUAUAAUAAUGUUUUUUCUUUUUUUUCUUAGUGGAGUUUUCUAUGUGCAAUUGCACAUAUUGUCUGUUUUUUGUUUUAUUUGCACCUGGGACAGUGCUGUUCAGAGGCGUAUUUAGUCUAACCUUGAGAACCAGUUGAACAGAGUUGUGUUUGUGAGUAAAUUCAGAAAGAUAGAUCUCUUUGCUGACAAACAACAUAUUUGUGGAAACUGUGUGGGGAUUGGAACUUGGGGUUAAUGCCCAUGCAGAUGACAUGCGUCAUGCCAAAUGAACAUUUUGGACAUCACCCAUGAUGGCCCAUUUGUGCAUGUGUCAGUUUCUACAACAAUAUCCAACAAAAUCCUCUUUGAUGGGACCUUUGGCCCAUGUAUUCUGUAUAUUUUGAACAUUUUAUUUAAUCUUUUCACUGCAAAUCCUUUGCCAAUUAUUACAAUGAGACCCAAACUUGUGUGCAGGACACCACAUAAAUCCAGAUUACAAUAUUUAUUUGAUAGUUCCAAAUUGUAUUUGUGUCAAAUGAUCAAGCUGUUGAGUAUAUCGGUGGUCUAUUGUUAAUCACAAGGAGUUGUGUCAUAUUUGACCCUACUCAGUCCAAUCACCAGCGCAGUGUUCCACAACCUCCUCAGCAGUGUAACAUGAAGCAUUCAAACAAGAUGUUGUAGGAAAAUGCUGGUUUGGGAGAAGUACAACAGUUGAUUUCAGACAAAUAUAUAUAUAUAUAUAUAUAUGUCUUUUUUUUUUUACAUGAAACUAGUCACAUUUCUCUCUGCCUCUCACUCCUCAGUCUGUUGUCACUCAAGUGUUAUGGUAUUUCUAUGUGCAUAUUUCAUGCAAGUUCACUAUGUUGUUGCUGUAUACAGUCUGUGUAGUCAGAAACAGGGGCAGAGCCCCUACUGUGUUCUUUCUUUCUUUUUUAUUCAAUACAAAUGGUUGAAAAAAAACACAUGAUAUUUCAGGCAGCAUAUGUGUGGAAAACCAAAGCCAGUGGCAUUUCUGUGUUGUAAUAUUAUUCAACUUUUAUUUUCACAUUCAUUUAUGGUUAUUGCAAGCAUUGAAAAAAAAAAAACAUUAAUAAAAGCAUUUGCUCAAAAUGUAGAAUUGGUUUCCCAUUUCAAUUGGAUUUGGUCAUACUGUUCAUAGUUGAUAGAGGUUGAGAAUACCAUCACAUGUCCUCCUUGAGACACGGCAGGUAUAGUAGCUAGUACUUAGUAGCUAUGGUGUCGUGUUAUCAGAAUGCAUUUCCUUGUGAACUGCGGCUAAAAUCACAAAACAAAAGUCCAUUUUUUUUUGUAUAUUCAUUGAGUCGUUGAGUAUCAUGGAAAAGUAUGUUUUCCAAAUCCCACUUGUGUUAAUUUAGCUGAUUGAGUUACUUUGCUGUUUUCUGCCACCUGCUCACUAAUGAAUUACGGAAAACACAACACCAAGAGCUCCCUUCAUUUGAGCUGUGGUGUGUUUUUUGAGGUGUAGGUGGCAUUUAUUGAUAUUGUGUAAGCAAAGACAUUGAGCAUGCUUGAUUUAUUUCAUAUUUCAUUUUGGUUAUGGAUUUGAAGCAUCUGUAUUUCUUCACCUGUUGAUCAGUUGUAAAAUGCCAUUAUUCUGUAUUAGCCUCUAUACUAGUCCCUCUAAUUGACUCACCCCAGUACCUCAGCUACCGUUUGAUCGGUCACGUCUAGUGCAAAGGGGAGACCAUACACUUGUACAGUCAUGUGGUAUACAUACACUUGUACAGUCAUGUGGUAUACCAUUGCCAACUAAUACCAACUAUUCACUUGGGAUUAUUGGAUUGCUCCACCAUGUUUGCGUUUUCUUUAUUUUAGUUUUAUACAUUAAAAAAGUUUGGGGGGAAAUGAGUAGCUAAAAAUGCUUAACAGUCUGUAAUAACUUAUGUAGCUUCUAGAAAUCUAAACGUUGGAGAGGUCUGAAGUUAGUGUUUGGAAAGCGAAAGCGGCUUUCAGCGGCAUAAGCUGGCCUUUGUUGCCACUUGAAGAUAAGAUAUUAUUCAAUUAAAGCCACAUCUCUGUAUCUCAUGGGACUUAAUUCAGCUGUAUGUAGUGAAAAAGUCUGGAUCCUAAAAUCAAAGUUUCUUCUGCUGGGGAAAAGAUAUUUGUAUUUUGCAGAGAAUUCAGUAAAAUGACUGGCUUUCUUAGUUA